AUGAGUUCUUUCAAGUCGAAGCGAGGACAGUACAAAGCAGUCCGGCGGGAUGAGUCACGAGUGUCGUCAUCUACCAACGACGAAGAGCGCCAGAUUCCGGAUGAUCCGCCGCCGAUCAAAACCGUAGAAGACGAGCUUGAGGCCUUGAGGAGAAAGUGGUUCUGGAGUUUUCGAUUCGAUGGUAAGAAUCUUCUAGUGAAGUUUUACUCGUAUUUAUUAGGAACUGAGGUGUGA